CUGUUUGACCGGUCAAACCAGAGCCUCGCAGUUGGGAGAGUCGUGGAGUUUGACUCUGGUUUUUAGGCGGUCAGUGGUUAAAAGUUCAUUUUGUAAAAAUUAUUUUGUCUUGAGCUGACAGAAGGGUGGUCACAGCGAUGUUCUCCACCCUGAGGAAGCUCUUCUGCUUUAUGAAGGAGCCGAAAACCCCCUUGGGGUUUUGUGACGGCCCAAGUAGUAAAAGAGAGACCUUGUUCUGCUGUAAUUGUAGAACUAUUGUAUACCAACAGCCUUAUGAGGGGGAGAAUGAAUUUCACCAAGCAGUGUGUUCAGGACAUCUCAAGGUGGCGCUGCGUCUCCUUGCAAAGGAGGGUUUUCAUGUAAAUGAUGAGGACGAAAGGAAACGAACUGCGCUACACUUUGCCUGCUUCCAUGGUCAUCUGAAUCUGGUUUAUUUCCUCUUAUUCAAUGAGUGUGAAAUAAAUGUCCUGGAUGACAAAAGCUCCACACCUCUAAUGAAGGCUGUGCAGAGCUUGGAGACAGAGAUUGUUUUUGUCCUGCUUGAUAAUGGAGCAGAUCCCAAUAUUAAGAACUGCAAUGGACAAACUGCAAUACACCUCGCAGUAUAUGGAGACAACAUAGAAAUUGCCAGCAGUCUUCUUGAAUUUGGGGGAAAUAUUGAAGAAACUACAGAGGAUGGGCUUACUCCUCUGAUGCUAGCACUCCAAGAAAGGAAACUCCUCAUUGCAGAAUACCUAAUCACUAAAGGGGCAAAUAUUCAUGUACGUGAUGGUCAUCAAAGAACAACACUCAUGUAUGGCGUUAAAUGGGAUUGUCCAGACAUUGUUGAGCUUUUAUUGAAGGGAGGUGUUGAUCACACCUUAAGGGAUGAAUUCAGAUGGAGUGCCCUGCAGUAUGCCGUUGUGGGGAAACGCAAAGUAAGGAGGCUGAUUUUCAGACAUGUGGACUCACUUUUCUCAAGGACACACAAUAGCUUCAUAGGAAAUCAGCCUAAGGACAUCUUUUCAAGAGGACAUCAGUUCAAUUCGGAGUCACCGAUUUCUAUGUGUUCAAGAACUGAGGACAGAGUGAAUUUUGAAACUCAGCAAGACACUCCUGAGAAUAUUCUGCAAACUGGUACAGAUGACUUGCAAACAAUGGCUUCCAAACAAUAUGAAAAUACAGAAACACAAGAAGUUUGGGCCGAAAAAUGUCCGCAUCCAGAGCUGAGGGAUUAUAGUCAUCAAAUCUCCAAACCUGAGACUGAACCACAGCAAUCUCAGCCAGUGUGGGCCUACAAGUGUCUGCACCCAGAGCUGCGAGAUUCUGUUCAUCAAAUCUCCAUACCCAAGACUGAACCACAGCAAUUGCAAGGAGAUACAAAUUUCUCAGAAGAAAUAGAUGAAGAAAUACAGGAAUAUAAAAUGGAAAAAGAAGAAAGUCUUGACAGGAUUGAAGAAAAUCCAGAAUUUGAUGCUUCAACAGACACCCCCCAAUCAUCCAAUAUGGACAUUGACGAAGAAAAAAAUGUACUGAGGCAUCUAGAGAAAAACAUCUGCCCCCCUGUGGCCUCUGGGGUGCUCCACUCCUGUACAUCUGCUGUACCUGAAGCCGUGCAUCGCACUGUGCCCCUAAAAGCAGCGAAGGCCGAAUUUAAAUGCUUCGUGACCAGUUCCUGGAGCACACUUGCCCAUGUGCUGGCGGUUUGCAGAGCCGCAUUUGCCCAUCAGCUUCUGGGCCCAGCACAGGCUGGGCGCUCAGCCUCAAGUUACCCAUCAGUUAUCUGGACCACAACACAAGCCCGGGGCUUACUCCAUAGCUGUUUCCCUGGUCCCCCCUACCCUUCCCUGCUGACAAAUCCGCUUCCCCUCUGCUGUCCUUCCACUCUAAACUCUACAAAAGUGUUUCGUCUUGAUGUUUCUGUUCUUUCUUCAAAUGCCUACUCAGCUGACACAGGUCUCUAA